AUCCAAAAGCAAACCCUAAUAAAAACCCUAAGAAAAGAAAAAAGAAAGGGAGGUGAGAGGGGUCGCUGAGCAAACGCAGAGGAGAGAGACUACCCCUUCUCUCACUCUCUCUCUCUCACUGACUCACUCCCGCCGUCCGAUCUGUCCUCCUCGCUCAGAGAUCAAUUCAGUGAUGGCAUCUUCAGAACAGGAAGUCUCAGCUGCAGCUUACCCUCCUGCUGCUGAUAUUGUUGGCAAUGCCUUCGUUCACCAGUAUUACCUUAUCUUGCAUCAAUCCCCCGAGCUUGUUCAUCGAUUUUACCAGGAUAUUAGUAAGCUUGGUCGUCCUGAAGAAAAUGGGGCCAUGAGCUUUACAACCACUAUGCAAGCAAUCAAUGAGAAGAUACUCUCUCUUCAUUAUUGCGACCUCAGUGCAGAAAUCUUAACCGUGGAUGCACAAGAUUCUUUCAAUGGGGGAGUUCUUGUUCUUGUGACUGGGUAUUUGACUGGAAAGGACAGUUUGAGGCGUAAAUUUAGUCAGAGUUUCUUCCUGGCGCCUCAAGACAAAGGCUACUUUGUUCUGAAUGAUGUUUUUAGAUAUGUUGAUGAGGGGAAGCAGGGUUUGGUUAAUGAUGUUGAAACACCUCCUAGUCCUGACCUUGAGCCUUCUUCUGUCGAGCAGAACCAUAUUUCUGAGCCAGCAACUGCAGACCAUAUUUCUGAACCAGCAACUGCAGCGCCAGAGGACGUUGAUGGGGAGGAAGUGUAUAAUCCUCCUGAGAAAGUAGAAGAUUCGAUUGAAGAGGAGGAAGCACCCAUUGCUGAGGUUGUUGAUCAAAUUUCUGAUGAUUGGCAGAUUGUGGUCGAACCUAACUCUAAAAUGGAAGAGGUGCCAAAGAAGUCAUAUGCCUCUAUUGUUAAGGUUUUGAAGGAGAAUGCUGCUCCUUUUUCAACUCAAACUCUUGCUCCUCGGAAAUCUGUUCCCAAGACCCAAGAACAACCAGUGACUGCUGGACCUCCUCUUGCCCCAGUAUCUGAGAUGCUGGUUCCCAGCACAAAUGCGAAUGAAAACAGCAGCAAUAAGGAAUCUGAAGCUGAUGGUCAUUCUAUCUACAUAAAAGGCCUCCCUGUGAAUGCUACCCCUUCCAUACUCGAGAAUGAGUUCAAGAAGUUUGGACCAAUUAAGAGUGGCGGUAUUCAAGUUAGAAGCCAAAAGGGAUUUUGUUUUGGCUUUGUGGAAUUUGAGGAUGCAAGUGCUGUGCAAUGUGCAAUCGAGGCUUCGCCCAUCGCUAUCAAUGGACGCCAAGCAGUUGUUGAGGAAAAGAGGUCUACCAGCCGAGGUAACAACAGUAAGGGUCGAUUUUCAUCUGGAAGGACUGUUGGAUUUAGGAAUGAAGGACCAAGAGGGCGCGGAAACGGGAACUAUGGAGGUGGCAGAGGCUAUGGUCGUGCGGACUUUAAUGGCAGGGCCGAGUUUGGAAACAGGAGUGGCAAUCGAGGAGGAUUUUCUAGCCGUGGAGGUGACGGAUAUCAAAGGACUGAUCAGAUGGGUAGCAAUGGCGGCCGUGUGAAUCGUGCUGGUGGAUUAACCGUUAAUGCAACAGCCAGAGCUAUAGCACCUCGGAUACCUGCUACUGCCUAAGUAAUCACAGCUUGUGAGGAGGAUAGCCGUUGAAAAUUUUGUUGUGGUGACUGGAUCUUUUUUGAAUGAGCUACAUGAAAUGUGCUUCAAGAUUUACUAGUCUUCUUUUUUCUUCACUUUUAUCGGUCUUGGGUGGAUAGUGUAAUACUCCGUGAGAAUUAGUGCGUUGUGGGGAACAAUUUUCUUUUUUGAUUAGUCAUUUUUGGGGCCUUUUGGUUUUAAUGGGAAUGUUACUGUGGUUGCGCUAUA